AUUUGUCUGAAGCAAAGUUUUUGCGUCUGUCGCCCCUCGCUGCUAGACCUGCCUACCGCGGACGACUGCUGCUGGGCAACAACUAGAGCAGAUAGAGAGAGAAUAGAGGCAGAGUUGGAAGAAGAGAGAGAGAGAGAGAGAGAGCGAGAAAGAGAGAGAGAGAAGCCGGGGUGGACCGUUAAUUUCAUCCACACACCGUCUUGAAUGCGGGGCGGAGAGUAGACCGAGCGAGCUGUAAAACAUCCGAGGACCGGGGGACACCGCAGAGAGAAGCAGAGAGCGUCUAGGCUAUAGCACAGCUUCAUCCAGACAUGCAUAAUAUGGACGACUAUGAUGGAGAAAUUGACUAUAUGCAUCAGGAAGACGACUGGGACCGGGAUCUCCUCCUGGAUCCUGCAUGGGAGAAGCAGCAGAGAAAGACAUUCACAGCUUGGUGUAACUCUCACCUGAGGAAAGCAGGAACGCAGAUCGAGAACAUCGAGGAGGACUUCCGGGACGGGCUGAAACUCAUGCUGCUGCUGGAGGUCAUCUCAGGCGAGCGCUUGGCCAAACCCGAGAGAGGCAAGAUGAGAGUGCACAAGAUCUCCAACGUCAACAAAGCGCUGGACUUCAUCACCGGCAAAGGAGUGAAGCUGGUGUCUAUCGGAGCAGAGGAGAUCGUAGACGGCAACGCCAAGAUGACCCUGGGAAUGAUCUGGACCAUAAUCCUCCGCUUCGCCAUCCAAGACAUUUCUGUGGAAGAGACAUCUGCCAAAGAGGGCCUGCUGUUGUGGUGCCAGAGGAAGACUGCGCCCUACAAGAAUGUCAACAUCCAAAACUUUCACAUCAGCUGGAAAGAUGGUCUGGGUUUCUGUGCGCUCAUUCACCGACACCGUCCAGAGCUCAUCGACUACGGAAAACUGCGCAAGGACGACCCUAUGACCAACCUGAACACAGCCUUUGACGUGGCAGAGAAGUACCUGGACAUCCCCAAGAUGUUGGACGCAGAAGAUAUCAUUAGCACCUUGAGGCCAGAUGAGAAGGCCGUCAUGACUUAUGUGUCGUGUUACUACCACGCCUUCUCAGGCAAGCAGAAGGCAGAGACGGCAGCCAACAGGAUCUGCAAGGUGCUGGCUGUCAACCAAGAGAAUGAGCAGCUGAUGGAGGACUAUGAGAAGCUGGCCACUGAUCUGUUGGAGUGGAUCCGGCGCACCAUCCCCUGGUUGGAGAACCGCCUGCCCGAGAACACCAUGCAGGCCAUGCAGCAGAAGCUGGAGGACUUCCGAGAUUACCGCCGCCUCCACAAGCCGCCCAAAGUGCAGGAAAAGUGCCAGCUGGAGAUCAACUUCAACACGCUGCAGACCAAGCUGAGGCUCAGCAACAGGCCCGCCUUCAUGCCCUCGGAGGGAAAGAUGGUCUCGGACAUUAACAAUGCUUGGGGAAAUCUAGAGGGAGCAGAGAAGGGCUACGAGGAGUGGCUCCUCAAUGAGAUUCGCAGGCUGGAAAGACUCGACCACCUGGUGGAGAAAUUCCGGCAGAAAGCAGCCAUCCAUGAAGCUUGGACUGCAGGUAAGGAGGACAUGCUGCAGAAGCAUGACUUUGAGACGGCCUCUCUGUCAGAGAUCAAGGCCCUGCUGAAGAAACACGAGGCCUUCGAGAGCGAUCUGGCGGCACAUCAGGACCGCGUGGAGCAGAUCGCUGCCAUCGCACAGGAAUUAAAUGAGCUGGACUACUACGACUCCCCCAGUGUGAACGCUCGCUGCCAGCGGAUCUGUGACCAGUGGGACGCCCUGGGAGCCCUGACCCAGAAACGCAGCGAGGCUCUGCAGAGAACUGAGAAGCUGCUGGAAACCAUUGACCAACUGUACCUCGAGUUUGCCAAAAGAGCGGCUCCGUUCAACAACUGGAUGGAGGGCGCCAUGGAGGAUCUGCAGGACACCUUUAUCGUCCACACCAUCGAAGAAAUCCAGGGAUUGAGCACAGCCCACGAGCAGUUCAAAGCCACGCUGCCAGACGCGGACAAAGAGCGCCAGGCCAUCCUGGGCAUCCACAACGAGAUUGCCAAGAUCGUGCAGACCUACCAUGUGAAUAUGGCUGGCACCAACCCCUACACCACCAUCAACCCACAGGAGAUCAACGCCAAAUGGGACAAGGUCCGGCAGCUGGUGCCGCAGCGCGACCAGGCUCUGAUCGAGGAACACGCCCGGCAGCAGAACAACGAGCGUCUGCGCCGACAGUUUGCCAACCAGGCCAACGUCAUCGGGCCCUGGAUCCAGAACAAGAUGGAGGAGAUUGGCCGCAUCUCGAUCGAGAUGCACGGCACCCUGGAGGACCAGCUGACGCACCUCCGCCAGUACGAGAAGAGCAUCGUCAACUACAAGCCAAAGAUCAACCAGCUGGAGGGAGACCACCAGCUCAUUCAGGAAGCGCUCAUCUUCGACAACAAGCACACCAACUACACCAUGGAGCACAUCCGCGUGGGCUGGGAGCAGCUACUCACCACCAUCGCCCGCACCAUCAACGAAAUCGAGAACCAGGUCUUGACGCGGGACGCCAAGGGCAUCAGCCAGGAGCAGCUGAACGAGUACCGCGCUUCCUUCAACCACUUCGACAGGAAGAGAUCAGGAAUUAUGGACGCCGAAGACUUCAAAACCUGCCUUAUCUCCGUUGGUUACAACCUGGGGGAGAACGAGUUCUCCCGCAUCAUGAGCAUAGUGGAUCCCAACCGGAUGGGCAUCGUCACCUUCCAGGCCUUCAUUGACUUCAUGUCCCGCGAGACGGCCGACACGGACACCGCCGACCAAGUCAUGGCCUCCUUCAAAGUCCUGGCGGGGGAUAAGAAUUACAUUUUAGCUGAUGAGCUGCGCCGGGAGCUGCCUCCAGACCAGGCGGAGUACUGCAUAGCCCGCAUGGCCCCCUACACGGGCCCCGACGGCGUGCCCGGAGCCCUCGACUACAUGUCCUUCUCCACGGCUCUGUACGGAGAGAGCGACCUCUGAACACUCUGUCAGUCGUCCUGACUCGGGACCACCAGCCUACCCGCUCUGAUCACCGCCACAUCCCCCGUCUGCUCCCCUUCACCAAACUUCUGUCCUACUACGCUCAUUUUUUGUAUGUUUCUGGCCUUAUCUUUUUUUUUUUUUUUUCAUCAUCCUCUGUCUCCUCCUCCUUCCUCCCACCGCUCCAUCCUCAUCACUGCUCCCUCACAUUCUGUCUCCGUUGUAUUUGCUUCCCAGCUCUCCAGGAUUACAAAGAGGGAGAGAGAAAAAAAAUGCUUGUUUUUAUUUUGUUGUCAUUGUUUUUCUUCAUCAAAUGAAUAAAGUUAACAUAUUUUAUUAUACUGAACAAAAAAAGGUAUUUUUCUUCACCUGAUUGAAAAUAA